UCUGUAAGCCGCUAGCGAGAUCCGGCAGCACUGCAUUAAAAACACGCGCAAGUGAAAUUAAACAAAUGGAAAACAGCAGCUAACAACGAAUUUUUCCUAUAUUUUACACUUAAAACCAACUUAUACAUAAGGUUGGGGCGUCACAGACCACCGCACUACCUCAAAACAAACAGGACUUGAUAAAUAUAAAGCCCAAACCCGACACAAGCUACCAUGGCUGGCGUACUCUUUGAGGAUAUAUUUAACGUGAAGGACAUGGACCCGGAGGGCAAGAAGUUCGACCGAGUGUCCCGCCUGCAUUGCGAAUCCGAGUCGUUCAAGAUGGACCUCAUCCUGGACAUCAACUCGUGGCUGUACCCCAUGGAGCUGGGCGACAAGUUUCGCCUGGUGCUGGCCACGACGCUGCGCGAGGACGGCUGUCCCGACAGUGGCGAGUACAAUCCCAUGGAGCACGAAGGCACGCGGGCGGACAGCUUCGAGUAUGUGAUGUACGGCAAGAUCUACAGGAUCGAGGGCGAUGAGGCGCAUAAUGAGGCGUCCCGGCUCUCUGCUUACGUCUCCUUCGGCGGCCUGCUGAUGCGACUGCAGGGAGACGCCAAUAACCUGCACGGUUUCGAGGUGGAUCAGCAUAUGUACCUGCUGAUGAAGCGGCUGGCCUUCUAAAUUUCCCAUCUAUACUUAUUUCUGUUCGCAAAUUAGACAUAAACAACAACAAACUUUA